AGCUAUUUGCCACUCAUUUCACACUGCAGCCUGCAGAAUUUUGUAAGAACAAACUAAAAACGCAAUAGAACUGCUAUUGCAAAUGCUGCACUGCGCAGCUAGUGGAAAAGAAAGCAAGUCUCGAUCGAAAUACAAAGCAAUUAGCCGUGUUCAGCGUGUAGUAUAUGCGUUAAAAGUGGGUGUAAACGUCGUGCAAAUCGUAUACCCUCCCUCUUUGUGUUUGUUUUUGAUAGUUUUUGUUUGUUACGAUAAUCGAAUGGGCGAAGGGGUGGUGGCAAGGGAGCAGCAGCACAAGUGAUUUUUCACAUUAAGCAUCGACACGGUACGGGGGAAAUACAGACAUUGCGAAAAUGUCCCGCAUAGUCCACACACUGACAGCGACGUUGAUUUUCUACGCUUUUGUGCAAACAGUGACAUGUUUCAUGGUUCUAAUAGAUGCACCCGACCAGGCGCUCAUUGGAUCCACGGUGAACGUGACUGCCACGCUGUUCGACGGUGACAAACCAGCGCCCGACGGAACCUACAAGUUCAUUUGGAAGGACAAUGCGGGCCAUCAAAAGGAGAUUGAAACAACCAAAUCCAUUAGCAACUGGACACUGGAGUACACCAAGGAGCACAUGCGACAGGGUCAGCGUGUCGUGCAGGUGAAGGUUGAAAAGUCCUAUCUGUUUUGGAUACCAGUGGGCGAGAAUAAAACGAGUAUUAAGUUGGAUGACACUCUGGGCGGCAGGCUGGAGCUUAUACAGGGCAAUGCGUCGCAGCCGCACGACUUUGUAUCCACGCAACUGGCAGUGAAUCAUAGCUUAUCGUUGUGGCCAGCGGAUGUCGAGUUUCUGCGGGAGAAGGGCUAUCAUAUUCAGACCUACUGGUUCCAAAAUUGCACAUAUCUAGGCAUGUCAACAGCCCUGGACUAUCAGGCAACAUAUCAGCAGGCUGAGCAGUACUAUGACAUUGAGGUUCUGGUCGUUGCUUCGCUGGACUGGCCGCCCGAGCCAACGCCUUCCACGACCACUACAACUACUACUACUACCACGACGACGACUACAACAUCAACGACCACCAGUACAACAUCAACGACCACUAGCACAACACCUGCCACCACCACAACCUCUAGCACAACAACUCCAGCCACAACGACCACAACCACCAGCACAACUCCCAAGCCCACAACACCAACGCGCGCCAAACGCGACUUAAUCCAGGCCAUGCACGCCAAUGCCGCCAUGCUUGGACUCAAUUUAACCAACGCCCUGAAAGAGCAACAGCCGAAAGCAGGUUCCGGUUCCCCUUCGAACAUAUCUGUGGCCCUGGUGAAUCCUCUGGGUGUACGAAGGGUCUCCCAUCUCAGGGUGGUGCCAGGCGAGGAGCCGCCCUACAAUUGCGUCGAUAAAAAGAUCAUUGCCCAGGAUGCGAGCAAGAUCUAUGGGUACUUCCAGCAUCGCAUUGUGUCCAAGGAUCCGGUUGUAAGCUUUGGUACCACCGGCAAGAACUGGCUGCAGCACUGGGAGGUGCUUAGCCUAGAUGUCAGCUGCAAGGGUUCGCCGCCAUUCAAUGUCUGCGAGAAGGUUUACAAUGCACCCUACAAUGCCACAGGCAAUGAGACGUGCACCAUUUAUGAUGUGUAUGACAAGUGUGCGUUUAGCUACAAGCGUUACUUCUCCGAAAGCAAAACCAUACUGUUUUUCAUACGCAAUGAGGUCUCGCAGACAGUCAAUCAGGUUACCAUCAACAUGUACGAGGCCCAGAAGCAGUCUCAGCUUUCCGUAGUAGUUGUCCCAGUUACCUGUACUUUGAUGGCCGUUAUUCUCGUGGUCUUUGGCGUUUCGUACUACAUACAGAGACGGAAUCGUUUCACCGUGGAAGUGGCUGACUUCAAUUUUGGGGACACACAGUCGGUGGAUAUGGAAUACAAGACAUUUUCGCAGCGCCUCAUCGACAGCAUACGCGAUGUUUGGGCAUGGCGGGGCGCACGCCGACACUCACAGUCCAGCACAGAUCUCAUGGCCGACGAGCCAACCAAUUCGCAGGCAGGCGGCUUUGGUGGCAAUGUCGGGGAUGUGGACAGCAAUCUGCGCUACAACACUUUCAACUAAGCGUGCCCGUCGGAGCAGUUCGGCUUGGUUGGAAUAUAUUGUUACCUAUACAAUUUAAUCAAUUUAAUUUAGUUUCUACUCUUAAGUUAUAUAUUUUUUGUUAUGUAUCUCUGAUGUGCACGUUCUUGUGCUUUUAGUCAUUUUCUUAUUGUAUCAACACACGCCAUUCACACACGGUGAAUUAUGGUGGAAUCUAUAUGUAAAUGUAUUCAGAUGAUUGUA